CCUGGCAUCGUGCUACAACUGACCAAUCGGAACACACGAAGACGCUGGGAAUAGGGUGGGACUUGGAGCUAAAGAUCAAACCGCCUACUAGCAUACUAAAGAGUGUGUUAAAACAGUUAAUCGGUAUAGGUAGCGCACUAGUUUUACAUACUUUGUAGAAUGGUAGUAUACGUUGUCAGACGUAGCCUGUAGUCAAGGCUUGUAGCAUCCAUAUGACGGCCUAUGUUUAUUCAGGAAUAGAGAGCAAUGGGAGGAAAAGCGGGGCAAUAGAAAUGGACGAGGGAAGCAUGAGACAGUGUUGGGUUUGAAAGCUGUUUUGUAUUUCAUUUAUAUUGCUUUGCUGAGCACUUUUUCCCUGUUGAGGUACAACCGAGAAGGAAGACAGUCCACUUUUUUCUCACGUUCAGCGCUGUGUUGUCAUAUAAUCCGCCUCCCUACUGUUCUUUAUCAUGAGGUAAGAAGCUAAGAUGGCUUCACUGAGCCAGAAGGUGUGAUGUAACAUUAUUUGACGAACACCACGUUUUGCAGGAUGGCUGAGGACUGACCCAAACAAUCAUCUCCAUCACCACCAGCUCCUCCAUCCCAGGGCCAUGUCUCUGACAACAGUCAAAACUAAUUUCUUCAGUCCAUCCUUAGAAUAUACCCCAGUCUCUGUUCGUACACUUGUCCCUACUCUUUCAAGCCCCAUCCUUAUCAGUUCAGUGGAGAGCAGGACAGUGCAGGACAAUGCUACCUAUAAAGCCAACUUCCCCACCAUCACUGUACCAGCCAAUGAGACGGGCUUCAACUCCACGCAGCUCCCAAUGGCAUCGGUGUAUGGUGCUGGUAUGGGCAUGGUCCUCAUGCCCUUUGGCAUAAUCAGUAUUGUCGGACUGGCUGUUGUUGUGAUGCUGUACAUAAGGAAAAAGAAAAGACUGGAGAAGCUGAGGCACCAGCUGAUGCCCAUGUAUAACUUUGACCCAGCCGAGGAGCAGGAUGACCUGGAACAGGAACUUCUGGACCACGGCCGAGACGGCAGCCCGGCAGGACCAAAUUCCAAAACUUUGACAGCGGGUCAGGGUGGCGCUCAGAUGGCCAGUCGACUGGUCUUUACGGACGUUGCCGAUGCUAUGAAUGUAUGAUGUCGGUCCUGCAGCAUAGAUGAAGAUUGAGAAACAUCAUGGAGACAAUGGGAACGUUCCAGCUUCGUAUUUUUACACACGGCUGGAGUCAGACGUCGAUUUAGCAAUCGUCUGUAGACUAUAAGGGAAGUUUCAGACUAUCUUUAGGAAAGAUUAGGUUACAUUUGCUGUAUUUAAAAAAGGAAGUGGCAUUUCUGUACAGUUUGUAGAAAAGCCUAUUUAAUUUCUUUCUAUCGAUCUUUUUGAAAUGGAUUGUUUCAGACCUUGUUUAAUACUAUAUACAUACAAUAUAUGUCUACGUGUAUGUGUUUCUAGAAGUGUUCAUUAAGGACAUUUAGUAAUAAUUGCUUUUUGUUCAUGAAUAGGAUUUGCAUGCAUUUUUGGAUAGGACAUGUACACAAUCACUGCAUUACACAAUUCAAAUGCUCCAGUUAUUUAUAUUCAUUUUAUUGUUCUGAACCAUGUUUCUGAUCAAUACAUUUUAGCCUACUUUUAUUUGUCUAACGUUUGAAAUGUCUAUAGUAAUGUUAUUUGUAACAAAGCAGCACUACACAGUCCCUCCAGGAUUUUGCAAUUUUUGAGAUCACAGAUAUUAAUGCAAAAUGAUAAGGAUAUUUAAAGAAGCUUGCAAAUGUUUUUCAAAAUUACAGAGGAUUUUAUGCAGAUUAGGGCCAAGACGUGUUGUGUGACGUAAUCACAACACACAUUCACCCAAAGCAUCUUUACUGGUUUAAAAGAAACAUCUUGUGCCUUCACUUUUUAAAAUUCAAGUUGUUUUCUGUAAAAAAGAAAGAAAGAAAAGAAAAUCUGUAAUUUGCUUUGCUUCCACCAAUUCAAGUUUUUCUGGAGAUCCUGGAGGGACUGAGUAAUCUAGAUGUAGAUUAAUGAGGUGACAGCGGAAAGGAAAAAACUCCCUGAGGAAGCGUGAGGAAGAAAACUUGGGUCUUUUGGGUGAUGCAGGGUAGUGGCAUUAUAAAUAAUUAUUUUUCUUCAACUGUACAUUAUGUAUGUUUGAAAUGAUUGUACAUGUAAUUAUAUUUGGAAUAAUAUUCAUGGAGUAAGCACAGGACAGCUUUUAAUGGCUACAACAACAGUUUUUAAAAGUACAAAUGAUGGAUAAAGGUUUUGUGAUUAACCAUGAAGUCUUUUCUCCAAAGUUGCAAGGAUCAUUUUCAUUACAGUCGAGGGACAUUCUUUCUUCGAGUGUGUAAAAAUAGAGUAGAAGUGGUUGGGGAAUUUGACACACAUUUUCUCUACCAUAGCACAAACCACAGCUUCCCGAACUUUUUACUUCUUAUUUCUCUGCUGUUUGCAUCAUAUUGUUCUUAUCAGCUGCUCGACACUGUACAACAAUCUUCCUUUGACACAAACCUUACCCAGAUCCCAAAUGCACACUUUUUAACUGUAUUUAUAGAAAGAGAGAGGCGAUUCCUAUUCCUGUUUUAUGCAAGCUCUCAAAGACAACAGGUAUGAAAAAGGGAGACAGGUUAUUUCACCUGAAAAGUAUCACCACUGAAAUCUAAAGCUUUCUAUAGAAGAGUUUCUGUGAAACUGCGUCAGUGCUACACAAGCAGGCCACAAUGAUUUUCAAAGUAACCGUAAUGCCAGUUCAUGGCCCUGUUUGAACUGGUGUGAAUGAAAACAACAAAGAGGCACUAAGAGUAACAUACACUACCAGUCAAAAGUUUGGACAGACCUUUUAAUUCAGUGUUUUUUGUUUAGGGAUUUAUUUUCUACAUUCUAGAACAAUACUGGAGAUUUCAAAACUAUGAAAUAACACACAUGGAUUUAAGUAAUCCAUAUGUAAUGACAACAAAAAACAGUCAGUUGUUAUUUUAAGACACGAAGGUCAGGUGUUCUGGAAUAGUUCUUGCAAGAACAGUAUUGUCAAGUGCAUUUGCAAAACCCAUCAAGCACCAUGAUGAAACUGGCUCACAUGAAGACCAUCCCAGGAAAGCAAGACCAAAAUUUACCUCUGCUGCAGAGGAGAAGUUCAUUUAGAGUUACCAGCCUCAGAAAUCACCAAUUAACAGCACCUCAGAUUAGAGCCAUUAUGAAGGCUUUACAGAGCAUCAGUAGCAGACAUAUCUCAAUAUCAACUGUUCAAAGGACAUUAUUGUGUAUUUCGGCCACCUUCAGCAUUGUUUUACAAUGUAGAAAGAAAUAAACCUCAGGAAAGACCAUGGAAUUAGAAGGUGUGUCCAAACUUUUGACUGGUAGUGUAAUAAUUAACAUAAUAGUUUAACACUCAAUGGCAUGUAUGUAGUUACGUACUACCAUUAGAAUAUAAGCAACUUUUCUCUGUUCACAAUGAAUAGAAAUGAUGGGGCAUUAUUUUCAUCUUUCUAGUAUAUUCUUGUGCACUUGCCCUGAAAUGUGCUUCCUUCCUUUCUUCCUUCUCAUACUCUAGAGUGUGGGUGCUGUGUUUGCUUGCUUCCUUGCACAACAAGGAGUGUAAUAAUUGUUGUUUCAAACAGAUUCAUCUUUUAGAAAAUUCUCUUGAGGAUCAUUUUUAUGUUAUGUUUGUCUGUAUAUGUACUGUGUGUGCGUGUGUGUGCGUGUGUGUGUGCACACUACUAUGGAUACAAUUGUCCGUAGCAGUGUUCCACACUCUCUAAAACCAGCAGAAUUACAAACAGUUUGUAAUGUGUGUGACCUGUGAUACCAUAAAAAAAUAAAAUAAAAUAAAAAAAACCAUAUGGACUGUUCAUGAAGAUUU